UGUGUCCCUGCUCGUCUGGCUACCUCCUGCUCUUCCACAAACAGACCCUUUUAGAACAGCAUGGUCAUGGCUGACAGUGUCCAGAAACCGCUGAUCCGGGGUCCGGUCCGAGUGGGCUUCUACGACAUCGAGCGCACUUUAGGAAAGGGCAAUUUCGCUGUCGUGAAGCUGGCCCGACACCGGAUAACCAAGACCGAGGUGGCCAUUAAGAUCAUCGACAAGACCCAACUGGAUGCAGUCAACCUGGAGAAGAUCUACAGAGAAGUUCAGAUCAUGAAGAUGCUCGACCACCCCCACAUCAUCAAGCUCUACCAGGUGAUGGAGACAAAGAACAUGCUUUACUUAGUCACGGAGUAUGCCAAGAAUGGGGAAAUAUUCGAUUACCUAGCAAAGCACGGCCGUCUCAGUGAGAUGGAGGCCAGGAGGAAGUUCUGGCAAAUCUUGUCAGCAGUGGAGUAUUGUCACAACCGCAACAUCGUCCACAGGGACCUGAAGGCGGAGAAUUUGCUCCUGGAUGGCCACAUGAACAUCAAGAUUGCAGAUUUUGGAUUCGGGAACUUCUUCCAGCCCGGGGAGCCUCUGGCCACGUGGUGCGGCAGCCCGCCCUACGCUGCUCCAGAGGUCUUUGAGGGACAACAGUAUGAAGGGCCACAGCUGGACAUCUGGAGCAUGGGGGUGGUGCUCUAUGUCCUGGUGUGUGGUGCAUUGCCCUUCGAUGGGCCCACUCUGCCUGUGCUCCGACAGAGAGUCCUUGAAGGAAGGUUUCGUAUCCCCUACUUCAUGACCGAAGACUGUGAGCACCUGAUCCGCAGGAUGUUGGUCCUGGACCCGUCGAAGCGUCUCUCUGUGGUCCAGAUUAAGGAGCACAAGUGGAUGGCUUUGGAUGUUCCGGUACAGAGGCCCGUCCUGUACCAGCAGCCUCUGUCUGCUGAGGGUGAGGCAGGCGUGGGAGAAUAUAGCGAGCAGGUCCUUCGGUUGAUGCACAGCCUCGGCAUCGAUCAACACAAGACUAUAGAGUCUCUGCAGAACAAAAGCUAUAACCACUUUGCUGCUAUCUACUACCUGCUGGUGGAACGGCUCAAGGCGCAUCGCUGCAGCUUCCCCGUCGAACAGAGGCUCGAUGCCCGCCAACGACGGCCCAGCACCAUUGCCGAACAGACUGUUGUCAAGUCAACCAGUGGUUCAGCCCAGGUGGGUUUGCUCCCACAGAGCGUUCGCCUGUUGCGCUCCCCAGCCGUGCCCCAAACCUCCUCUGAUGCUUUCACCUUCCCCCAGACCGCAUGUCCCCUGGAGCAGACUUUCAUGCUGGAGGACGUCAACACGCCCAAAGUGAACGGCUGCCUGCUGGACCCCCUGCCUCCUCCCACUGUCCUCCGCAAGUCCUCCACUUCAACGCUUAGCAACAUGAUGGAGACUUCGAUUGAUGAGGGCAUUGAGACUGAAGAGCCCGAUACGGAGGAUGAUCCGCCCCACCUGCUCUCCGCCUUUCAGACGUCUCGGUUUGGCCAACGGCGACACACCCUCUCUGAAGUCACAAACCAGCCGGGGCCUUCGAACCAAGGUAAAUUAUUCACUCUAGGCAACAACCCUUCCAUGGGCAGCGUGGACUCAGACAUCGGCUAUGACAUGGAUUCCAUGCACAGCGACCUUGGUCUGCUGGAGGACCUCCCCUCUCUCAACGAAGUAGUACCGACCAACAGCUCUGCACCCGGUGUCACCCCUACACCUUUCUUAAGUGCUCGACCUGCUAACCCAACAAUGGCUGCCCUGACUUCCCAGCACAGGGAGACGCACAACCGCUCGCCUAUCAGUUUCAGAGAAGGACGCCGUGCCUCCGACACCUCCCUCACACAAGGUCUGGUCGCAUUUCGGCAGCAUCUCCAGAAUUUGGCGAGGACCAAAGGCAUCCUGGAGCUGAACAAAGUCCAGAUGCUGGUGGAGCAGAUGGGCUCCGGGGAAGGGGCCGCCGUCAGCCCCCUGGGACCACAGCAUCACUUGCACAACCUCCUGGAGGGCGAGGCAUCCAAGCAGCAGGCGGGCUUAGCUUUAUACCAAGGUGGGCCGCAGCCACCUGUCCUGUCCCGCAGACAGAGUCUGGAGACACAGUACCUCACUCAUAGGCUACAGAAGGCCAACGUCUUGGCUAACAGUCCUGCUAGCUGCCAGCUUUUCUGUAAGGAGACUCCUCGAAGUUUAGAGCAGCAGCUGCAGGAACACAGACUGAACCAGAAGAGGAUGUACCUGCAGCAGCAGUCACAGGGCAUGGGGCUGCAGGCCUACUUCAACCAGAUGCAGAUAGCUGAAGGCUCCUACCCAACAGGCAGCCCUGCUCUGGACCCAGCAGGGCCUCCGAGUUCCCCUCAGAGCACCCUCAUGUCAGCCACCCACCAGCCUCAGCCCCAGCAGCAGGGCAGUCCUCAGGCCUCGCCUCCCUUCAGCCACCCCCAUAGCUUGAGACCCCUGAUGGAACCAGACAAGGGCUUGGUUUAUGAUCCCUACAUGGGCCACCACCACUACACCCAACACCUGCCCCCUGGAUCUCACCUCCACCACCAGCUUCACUGCCCCCCCCAGCCUCAUGAAGCCUCUGCUGGCAUCCUGGGCUUCAGCUACCCUGCAAGCUGUGAGCAGCAGGCCCUGGGGCCUUCCACUGAGGCUCUUCACCCAGAGCAAUAUGAGUUCCCCCUGGACCCCGUCCCGCUGCCCCCGCCUGCUCCCGAAGAGACUGAGGCUGUCGCUGUAGCCGGGGUUUUGGCUGACCCGAUGCAGUCAGAUGGCCUGAGCCUGCCUGAACUGCAGAGCUCCCUCCUGGACAGUGAGAUGAUGGAGACUGUGGACUCCCAGCAUGGCUUCGUACUGGUCAACUAAAGCCAGCUGAGGGGCUUAAAAGAAAGCAGUAUUAAGCAGCGAGAACCUACACAGCAUUAAGAGCAGAGAAAAUGGAGAUACAAGUGGAGGCCACAAGCGUAGCAACAGGGAAGGAAACGUGUAAAUUUUUGUACGACUAAUACAAACUUUAUUUCUUAGUUGUGACGAACCUCAGACAAGCUUUCUACCAGAAUCCUCCUGUAGCCUACCUCCCUCUCUCCCUCUCCUCCUCUGUUCUCAUCAGCUCCGUGCAGCAGGAGCAGGUCCGACAUGUGGCACGACGUGGACUUCUUCAUGCUGACUUGGCGAGGCUAGUUUUGUCACGGAGAUUAUGCCUGCGGGGACUGCGCCGUGCAGCGUGCGGGGAGGGGGGGCGGGCCACUGUGUCUCCCAGCAGCUGUCAAAGUGCAGCGCAUCUCCUAGAAAUGGUUUGAAAGUGAACAUAUAUAGGACAGACUGACUGGCAACCAAAAGCACAACGGCUGGCAGGAUUUAGUUUUUAAAACAGGACACCACUGACAACAAUAGGCUGGUUCUUAGAAUACUAGUGUUUUUUUAUUUUUAUUCAGUAGAUUAAAAACAACUGAACAAGAGAAAAUUGCCCUCAUUUAUCAUGGUACCAUGGAUAUCACCACAAAUUCAAAUGUUGUGUUAUUUGUCCAUUUUGUAAAAUUAUCUUUACACACUAAUGUGAGGUUAGCAUGAUGAUUGUGCAUAGGUUUCAACACUAACGAAUUCCUCUAAAACAACAACUCUUGAUUGUCAUUUGCCUAAACAAAUACCCCAACAAUGCUGAUUAAAGCAACAGGUUGGUGAGCAAUGCACCAUUUGUUGGGUUUAUACAACAUUUAUGCUUUUUAACAGCGAUAAACGCUAAACUACAAGUUGACUAAUGAAGAUAAUCAGUAUAGCUGCAGGCUUUUGUGGAGGCUACGAUACAUAGAUAAUUAGUUUUACGUGUAACUACUGAUGAUUUAUUUCUUACACUACUGAACUGCUGUUCCACCCUCACACUUACCAGGUUUCCUUGCACUUAAUAGGAAGAGGAUCAUUUCCAGUUUCUACAGACAAAAAAAUGGCCAUGUGGUUUUUUGUUUUUUUUAACAGUUGAAUUGUGGGUCAUGUGUUUGCCUGAUAAAUGAGGGCUGAUGUAAGUAACAUGUGUUUGGUUGAGAAGUUGCAGUGUUAGUCAAUAUUCUUCUAUUUUUGUGGCAAUACUGAAGCAAUAUUCAUCUUUAAUGUUGAGGGAUUAUGACUCUAAGCCUCACCUGUACAGCCAGCUCUGAUUGGUUCCUGGGGACGUCCGAGUUAUUGGCAGUGACAUCACUCGGAGCCGAUGAUGUAACCAGGAGACAAUCUGUGCCUCGCUCUCCCUGGGAGUGCAGGGACAAGCCUGGAGACAGUUCUAUGCGUACAUUUGCGCGCACACGUGCAAUUAUGUUUGCACAAAUCAGACUUCAAAUUUUCUGCAUCUAUCACGUCAUUUGUCGUUGUUACUGAAGAAGACCACCACUGUAUUGACGUCUCCUUUAGAUUUUUCAAUCAGUGCACAGUUGUAGCUUUUCGAUUAAUUCUGGUUUACAUCCUCAAUGCUCCAGUCAUGCCGCUGUUUUUUUUUUUUAUGAUGAUGAAUCAUGUUUAUAAUAAUGAAAUGACCCCUUAAAUAUCCCCUUCAUUCGAUUUCAUGAGAGAAUGUUUCCUCUCUGACGUUGGGGCCGCUGUGAGAUGAAGACCAGCAGCAGGUCAUCAGUCACCUGACACUGGAUUCUGACUGUCGGCUCACCACCACCGUUCGACUGACAGAAAGCCAGCAACAAGACGAGAUUUCUUUUUUUGUUUUUGUUUUUUUGUAACAUACUGUGUUCAAUAUACUUGAAGCACACAGAUGUAUCUUCUCUGACAGACUGGAAUAGCACGACAGAGAACGUCAGAGGGUUGAGAUGAGACGAUUGGACUGUGAUCAUCUGCCAGACUGCGUGACCUUCAGUGGUCGUGGGUUAAAACUGUAGGAGUGUUUGUAGUCAGAACAGCUUUCAGGCAAAGGCUGUAAACCAGGCUCAACAGAUAUCUAGUUUGUUCAGACUCGAAGGUUUAACUAGGAUUCUUUAAAAAUGGCUAGAAAAUACGGACCAACUGUGGUUGUGGUCCUGUGCAAGCUUUAAAGGAAAAAUCCACCCUGAAAUACUUUAAACACUGUUUCACACUUGGCGAUGGGAGUAUCUGCCAAUUAUUUUUAUGAUUGAUACAUUAGUUGUGUCAGAUCAUAGUAGAACUAAUCUCACAGAAUGUUGACAGCUGGCAGUUUUCUGUCACUUCUGUGUAAAAACUUUACACAAACGAUAUGCUGGUUAUCAGAUUUGUUGAUGAGAAUCUAUUCCUGGUUAAAAUGAGUCAAUAUGGCAUCACAUUCAGAGAUUUCUGGCAUUGAGAAGUCAGGUUUUCAUGUCAGUUCCUCUGGAUCUAGGAGCAAACGCUUAGCAGGACACCCUUUGCUCUGAUCUUCUCGCUGUCACAGAUGCUAAUAAGUCCGGCAACAAUAGUUUACUGCAGCCACAUGAAAUGCUGCAAAACUGGACUUGUGGCUGCAUUAGUAGUUCCGCCCUAAAAUUUGCAAACUAGUGGGGCAACUUGAUGUUUAUGUGCUGCUCAUACACCCAACCUUUUAUUGGCAGGAAUUAGGUCAUGCCCCGUUUGGAAAUAUUGGAAAUAUCCUGUGAGGCAGGUUCAUAACAUAACACAACAGUGUAAGAGUAUGAAAGGGUGAAUUUUACCUUUGACAUGAGUAUUUUGAUUUUUUUUUUUUUUUUUUUUGGGCCACUGGUCAGGACAAACAGCUGCAGGAUGAUCUGUGGAAGCUGAAUACUAGAGCACUUUGAAAACGAGGCGAAGAGAUGUAGCGAGAGGAGGAGGCGACUGUGAUGCAGGUGGGAGAGGUUUGCAGCGCUCUGCUGUUUCCCGGCAGAUAAAAUGAAAUGCGAUCUGGAGGAAACACCUUUCUCCUCUCUCCUCUCUCCUCCCCCACCAAUAAUGGACACAAACAUUUAUUUCAGAGACACAGUAACAUUUAAUCUUCUUGUUGGUUUGAAUCCGAGAGAGCAACACUCUUCAGUUCACGAUGAGUGUUCUCUGUACACAUUAGGGAUGUGGUGUGCACACUCAGGUUGCACCGAGGUGAAUUUUGUGUUAAACGUGACUAGUGUAGUGUGCCUUUUACUUUGCGCGUUCUCAAUCUCAUGAUUUUGAAUAGCGCCAUUGUUUCCGGUUGGACCCCUUAGUUUCUUCAGAUUACUAUUUUUACUUUUCCGCAUUUUCUUUUCUGAAAUUAAGUAAAGCCAGGUUUUACAAAGGUACAAAACCAAAGCCCCUCAGAAGUUUCCCUGUACAACCCACCAUGUGGAGUUUUGGAGCUUCUUUGUCAGCUUCUCUACCGCGCUUUCUCUUGUUGGUCAAUCAGUGUAUGCCAUUUAAAAGUAUUAUAGCAAUAUUUCUCUAGUUGAAGAUUAAAGUCAUGAAGAUUCUAGUGGACGUGUUUUCCAAGUAUCAUAUUUCACCUCCUGCUGAUAAAACAGAGACAUCAAUCUAUAGAAAUCCAGUUUUAUAUUUACCUUCAUUGAUGUUGACCACACAUAAGCUAACUUGCUGUUGAGAUUAAAAAAAAAAAAGUUU